AUGCAGGUGUGUAGCAGUGCAGUCGGCAACAACAAAAUGCGUGGGAAGUUGAAGAUGGGAGAAAAGGAGGUGGGGGGGGAAACCUGGUGGAGGAAAAAUAAGCCGAGCCUUUGCCCAGGCCAGUGCGGGCGGAGAAGAACCAAGAAAAAGGGACAAGAGCGAGCCAAGCCGUGGUGCGGGCCUUCCAAGACCCGAGAGGCCAAAGCAGCGACCACCUCGCCUUCUCACUGGUGGAGCCUGUCUGGGCGAGCCUCCCCAGUUGCGCCGAGCCCUCGAGGGGCUGUGCAUUCUUGUCUUUGGCAUGCUCUCUCCUGA